AAAAAAAAAAGUAAAAAGUAAAAGAAAAGAAAAGUAAUUAAUUGAUAUAUUGAAAAAAAAAAAAAGUUGCAAAAUGGGAUUAAAACACUUGCUUGGACUUGUAGCUGUUAUAGCAAUAAUUUCGGAUUUACCAGAGUCUCGAGCUGUGCGCAUCGGCGCUCCACAGCCCAAGCAACGCAUUAAGGACAAACAACCGGAUCAAACAUCGGCGGGCUCCUACUGGCAGCAGCACGUGGUCACGCCCAGCAGCUCGACGCCCUUCGACUCGCCCUUCUUCUCGGCGACGCAUGGCCUUGUGCAGACGCACCCCUCGCUGGCCGGCGGCAUACCCGCCUCCCGUCCGGUGCCCCUCAGCAGCAAUACGCUGGGCAGCGGCGUACCCGCCAGCAAUCCGGCUCUGACGGCUGGCAGCGGCUAUCUCAACUCGCGCGGCAGUUUGCCCACCUCGGCGCGCUAUCCGCCCAAGAUUUCGGGCACUGUCGUCGAACCCAAUCCCAAGUCGCCAUUCCGUCAUCUGGAUUUCUCCACCAGCGCCACAGCCGAGCUGCGUCGCAAUCCCGCCCUGUCCGCACCCGAUGAGUGUGCGCGUGCGUGUCGCGAGGGCGAACCACCAAGGAUUUGCUACUACCACUUCACGCUGGAGUACUACACGGUGCUGGGAGCUGCCUGCCAGGUGUGCACGCCGAAUGCAACGAAUACCGUUUGGAGUCACUGUCAGUGCGUUUUGGCCGAUGGCGUUGAGCGCGGCAUUUUGACGGCGAAUCGAAUGAUACCCGGUCCCAGUAUACAGGUGUGUGAGAACGAUAAGGUCGUCAUCGACGUGGAGAACCACAUGGAGGGCAUGGAGGUGACCAUUCACUGGCAUGGAAUCUGGCAGCGUGGCUCGCAGUACUACGACGGCGUGCCCUUCGUCACCCAGUGCCCCAUUCAGCAGGGCAACACGUUCCGUUAUCAGUGGACAGGUAAUGCGGGCACCCACUUCUGGCACGCCCACACCGGCCUGCAGAAACUGGAUGGUCUCUACGGCAGCGUCAUAGUGCGACAGCCGCCGUCGCGUGAUCCCAACUCGCAUCUGUAUGACUUCGACUUGACCACACACAUCAUGCUCAUCAGCGACUGGCUGCACGAGGAUGCCGCUGAGCGUUAUCCGGGACGCCUGGCUGUCAACACCGGCCAGGAUCCCGAGUCCAUGUUGAUCAACGGCAAGGGACAGUUCCGUGAUCCGAAUACGGGCUUCAUGACUAAUACGCCUCUUGAGAUAUUCACGAUUACGCCCGGUCGCCGCUAUCGGUUCCGCAUGAUCAACGCCUUCGCCUCGGUGUGCCCGGCUCAGGUGACCAUCGAGGGCCACAAUAUGCAGGUGAUUGCCACGGACGGCGAGCCAGUGCAUCCGGUCAAUGUCAACACGAUCAUCUCCUUCUCAGGCGAACGUUACGAUUUCAUCAUCACUGCCGAUCAGCCUGUGGGCGCCUAUUGGAUACAGCUGCGCGGUCUUGGUGAGUGUGGCAUACGACGAGCCCAGCAACUGGGCAUCCUGCGCUAUGCCCGAGGCCCCUACCAGCCUGCCUCGCCGCCACCCACCUACGAUGUGGGCAUUCCACAGGGUGUGGUCAUGAACCCCCUGGACGCGCAAUGUAAUCGUCAACGCAACGACGCUAUCUGCGUGAGUCAAUUGAAAAACGCACUCGAAAUCGACCGCGGAAUCUUGGCUGAGAAACCGGACGUAAAGAUUUUCCUGCCUUUCCGUUUCUUUGUCUAUCGCGCCGAGGAUCUCUUCCAGCCGAACACCUACAACAGAUUCUUGGUGGCUCCCACGGGUGAUCAUGUUAUUUCGCUGAUCGACGAGAUCUCCUAUCUCUCAGCGCCCGCUCCGCUGACCUCGCAGUAUGAUGAAAUUAAUCCGGAACAGUUCUGCAAUGGCGACAACCGUCCCGCCGACUGCGGACCCAACUGCAUGUGCACCCACAAGAUCGAUAUACCACUGAAUGCCAUUGUCGAGGUGGUGCUUGUGGAUGAGGUACAACAACCCAAUCUGUCCCAUCCAUUCCAUUUGCAUGGCUAUGGCUUCAGUGUCAUUGGCAUUGGCCGUUCGCCCGACUCCACGGUCAAGAAGAUCAACUUGAAGCACGCACUGGAUCUGGACAGACGUGGACUGCUGCACAGGCAGUACAAUUUGCCACCCACCAAGGAUACCAUUGCAGUGCCCAACAAUGGCUACGUAGUGCUGCGCUUCAGAGCCGAUAAUCCCGGUUUCUGGCUCUUCCAUUGUCACUUCCUGUUCCAUAUUGUUAUCGGCAUGAAUCUGAUACUGCAGGUUGGCACCAAUGCCGAUCUGCCACCUGUGCCACCUGGCUUCCCCACGUGUGGCGACCACACUCCACCCAUACCCAUUAAUUAAGCCUAGGCCUUAGUUCUGUUGGCGCUAAC